UACAGACCGCUAUUCUCAGACCCCCAGAGCCGGAGUCGAACAACUGUGGCCUUAUAAGAAGGACGGAGAGCAGCGACGACGCACAUUUCAAGUGGAAACGCCGAAUGAACCGCACGCGCAUUUUGGAUGUAAAGGUUUCUGUUCCGGGGAGGAAAAAAACCGCCACUUGCUCUGCAGAGCGCCGUCCUCGGGUUCUCAAAGUGGCACGUUGAGGCCGUCUGGAGUAAACGCCGUCGGCCGCACAGCGACGACAACAUGAAGGCGACGGCUCUGCUCAUCGUUUGCUCCGGUCUGAUCUCGGGGAGUUUCGGGAAGCCGCAAUUUCCUGAACAAGAGAAGGAACCCAAGUUUUGGAAUACGUGGGCCCAGCGGACCCUGAACAACGCUCUGAACCUGGAGAAGCUCAACAGGAACACGGCCAAGAAUCUCAUCCUCUUCCUCGGAGACGGGAUGGGCGUUCCCACGGUUACGGCUGCUCGGAUACUGAAGGGUCAGCUGAACGGACAGAGCGGAGAAGAGACGCAGCUGGAGAUGGACAAGUUCCCCUUCGUGUCAUUGGCCAAGACGUACAACACUGACGCACAGGUGCCGGACAGCGCCGGCACCGCCACGGCUUACCUGUGCGGGGUCAAGGCCAAUGAGGGCACGGUGGGCGUGAGCGCGGCCGCCGUCCGGUCCCAAUGCAACACCACGGAGGGCAACCAGGUCACCUCCAUCCUCAGAUGGGCCAAGGAAGCAGGCAAGUCUGUGGGCAUCGUGACGACGACCCGAGUCAACCACGCGACUCCCAGUGCGUCUUACGCCCACAGCGUGGACAGAGACUGGUACUCCGACAACGAGAUGCCCGCCGACGCCCUGAGGGACGGCUGCAAGGAUAUCGCCAGACAACUCUUUGAAAACAUUCCCAACAUUGAUGUGGUCAUGGGCGGGGGAAGGAAGUACAUGUUCCCCAAAAACAUGUCGGACGUAGAGUACCCCGGCGUCGCGAAGCACAGUGGCACACGAAAAGACGGAAGAAACCUGGUGCAGGAAUGGAUUGACAAAACAAAGAACAAAAGAGGUCAUUAUGUAUGGAACAAGAAGCAGCUCUUAUCUCUGAACCCCACCAGCGUAGAUUACUUAUUGGGUCUCUUUGAACCUGCGGAUUUGAUGUACAACUUGGAGAGGAACCCGGAGACGGAUCCCUCGCUGACGGAGAUGGUGGAGGUUGCCAUCAAGAUCCUGAAGAAGAACCCGAAUGGAUUUUACCUGCUUGUCGAAGGAGGACGUAUUGAUCACGGACAUCACGAAGGCAAGGCCAAGCAGGCUCUUCAUGAAACUGUGGAGAUGGACAGAGCCAUCGGUCAGGCCCACCUCAUGACCAGCGUCCACGAUACUCUGACACUUGUCACCGCCGAUCAUUCUCACGUGUUCAACUUCGGGGGCUACACGGUCAGAGGAAACACAAUAUUGGGUCUGGCCCCGAUGAUGAGUGACGUGGACCAGAUGCCCUUCACCUCCAUCAUUUAUGGGAACGGACCGGGUUACAAAAUUAUUAACGGCGGGAGAGAGAACGUCUCCACCGUCGACUACCAGGCCAACAACUACCAAGCCCAGGCAGCUGUGCCUCUGACCACGGAGACUCACGGAGGGGAGGACGUGGCUGUGUUUGCUAAAGGUCCUCUAGCUCACCUGCUGCACGGCGUCCACGAGCAGAACUACAUCCCCCACGUCAUGGCGUACGCCGCCUGCAUCGGCCAGAACCGGGAGCACUGCGUCUCACACAGCGGGUCUGCCGUCCUCCGCCCCGUCCUCUCCAGCACGGCGGCGCUUCUCACAGUCACCCGAAUUCUGUGCUGACCUCCCUCUGAUAGCCCUCAUCCUGUUAAUAACCCCAUUUUAAACACUUUAUACGUUUUUAAGAUUUUGUUGUUGGUUUUUUUUCCUUCAAAUUUGACUUUUUUAAAUCUUAAAACCACUUUUUAUAUUUUUUUAAUGAACAUUUAUUGAGAAAAGCACAGGGAUAUCACUUUUAGGGCAGUUCAGGCAAAUAUGUCAAAUGUUACAUAAUAAUUGAUCCCCGUUGCAGAGAUCCCCAAAAAAUCUGAACUCAGUUGUUAUUUGUCUAUUUUGAAUCGUUUGUUUUUGUUCAGGAUUCCAGGACCCAUUACAUCUCCUUGUAAAAUGUAAACCCUUUUAGGUUAGAUUGAAUUUGCAAAUGUUUGAAUAUGUUUCAUAUUUUAAAUGUGCAACAUAAUCUACCUCAUAAAGCUUGUAAAAAGAUCUCUCGUGUAAUUAUAGUGCGGUUCAAAAGGGCACUUGGACAAAAUUCGCGCCUGAACCAGAAGGAACCAGAAUUUCUUGUCAUACACAGAAAAGAAAGCCCACCUACCAUUGUUGUUUCCAAUAACAGAAGUCGUAAAACCUCUUAACCAAUAAAAUAAAUGUGUUCUGAC